AUGGGUAUUAGGAGUGGAUUACACCCACAAGAGCAAGGGACGAGAAACUACCUUCCACCAGCUAUACAUACACUUUCAAAGGACGAGAAACACUUAUUUUGUGAACGUUUGUUCUUGUUGAAGGUACCAGAUGGGUAUAGUUCAAAUAUUCGAAAUUGUGUUUCAAUGGAACAAUGCAAGCUUGUGGGUCUUAAGUCACACGAUUGUCACAUUUUGAUGCAACAAUUACUACCAGUUGCAAUAAGAGGAUUGAUGCCUAAGGGUCCAAGGGAUGCUAUAAUAAGAUUAUGUGCAUUCUUCAAUCGAAUAUGUCAACGAGUUAUUGACAGGGAGAGCUUGAUGACAUUUGAAAAUGAAGUUGCUGAAACGUUAUGCUUGUUUGAGAGAUUCUUUCCACCAUCAUUUUUUGAUGUCAUGAUUCACUUGGUGAUUCAUAUUGGACGAGAAGCACGAUUAUGUGGAUCGAUUCAAUUUCGAUGGAUGUAUCCCUUUGAGAGACGUAUGAAAACACUCAAAGAAUAUGUCAGAAAUCGAGCAAGGCCUGAAGGUUGUAUUGCAGAGUCUUAUCUUGCAGAUGAGUGUGUGAUUUUUUGUAAUGAAUUCAUUAACAGAACAGGUGAAUUGAACACAAAAAAAGGUCGUAAUGAAGAGUGGGCCAAUGAUGUGUUACUUGAAGGUCGUCCAAUUUUUGGGAAAAAAUAA